AUGAACGUUCCUCUCCUGCUUUUACUCCUGUUUCAGUUGCCUCGCUCUGCACUGCUUACGGGAUUUGAACGCGCGUAUUUGGAGCACCAACUUGUCGAGGAACGGCGCGUAUCAGGGCGCAGGACUGGAAGACUGUAUUGUAGAGUUGGAAUAGGUUUCCACCUUCAGAUUUACCCGGAUGGAAGAGUCAACGGGAGUCACGAACCUAAUACGUUAAGUGUGCUAGAGCUGUUUGCUGUGUCUCAGGGGGUCAUAGGGAUCCGAGGGGCUUUUAGCAACCGAUUUCUAGCAAUGAACCAGAGGGGAAGGCUUCAUGCGACUGAGAGCUUUACAGAUGACUGUAAGUUCAGGGAGCAGUUUCAGGAGAACAGCUACAACACAUACGCCUCAGUGAUCCACAAGAACCAUCGCACCGGCAGAGAGUGGUUUGUGGCACUUAACAAAAGAGGAAAAGCAAAAAUGGGGUCCAGUCCAAGAGUAAAGUCACAACACAUGUCUACACAUUUUCUGCCAAGGAUGAACUUACAUGAAAAGACUCAACAAGGAUUUACAAUAACAGACAAAGAGCAGGAAAAACUUCCACCUCCACAUCCAUCAACACCCUCUAUACUGAAAAUAGCAGUCAACUCUGGAAAGAAGAAUCGACCAGUAGUCAAAUACUGGCCGAAGUUUCGAUUUGGAUAA